AGCAGAUUCCUAUGUUGUUGUACAUAAAAUCCUCGAAAAAUGUCUCGAAAAAAUCCCCAAGAAUAUACACUGCUGGGUUUAGCCAAGUUCAAUGAAUACUGCUCAGUUCUGGCAAUUAAAGAACUAAGCUGUUAUGAUCCAGAUAAGAAGACGAUAGAAAAAGCUUUCAGGAAGAGAGCCCUGAAAACCCACCCAGAUAAAGGAGGGGACCCUGUAGAAUUCAAGAAAAUCAAUGAUGCUUACAAUAGACUUAUUGGACACAUUCUGAAGCUUGAACAACAGUCAGAGGAGAAUGAGCUGGCUAACUCUAUCCUGAUAGAGGUUUCUAAGGCAUCCAUCCCUAAGUGGAUUGAGAAGUUAAAGCGCUGCUAUGGUUGGCCUAAAUCUGAUGAUUGCAAAUGCAUUAUUUUUGAGGGAGCAUACAAGCAGUUUAAAGGACGGAGUAAGAAUACCGGACCCAUUACUCUUGUACUUUAUGAAGAUCCUCCAGAUAAUAUUCCUAAGAUACAUAUCAGAUCACUAAAGUACAUGGCUUGGAUAGCAGAACAAAUGUUGCCUGUUCAUAUGCAUGUGGAAAAGGGUAGAAGUAUACAGUUUGAUCAAUGGAGGAUAGCUCAUGUUGCAGAAUUUGGAAUCUGUGCAUUUAAGACUCCUACUCCAGCACCACAAAGAAAGCAACCUGAACCUAAAGACCCCAAACCUAAAAGAAAGGCCCGGGAUGCUUCAGAACCUGCUCCUAAGGCUCGAAGAGACUCUGAACCAGCCCCCGAACCUGCUAAAGAGCCCGAUAACAUGCCAGGUAAAGAAGCUUCUAAAGACUGUACAGGAGAAGCUGCUAAAGCCCCAGAGUCUGAAAUCAAAAUGGAGGCUACCAAUAAAUCAGCAAAAGAAUCUGACACUAAAAACUUAUUUCAAUCUGAAGUAUUCAAGAUGGCAACUGACCCCGAAACUUUUAAUCCAGAUGAGUGGGAGGAAGUUCCUGAAACUUCAGAUCCAUUCCCUAAACUAUACAACAUGGCAGACCAAUCCUUUACUAAAAACGGAAAGAAAUACAGAAGAAAAGAACGUGGAGAACCUCCCAAGCCGGAAGUAAAAGUGAGUCAGUUUAAUUGUGGACACUGUGGUAUUAAUUUCAGUAACCUAGUAGAAUAUACAAGGCACAAAAUGUCCUGUGUUCCAGACGAAAACUUUGGUUUAACCGGAGACAUAAUGGAUUCAUACGGAGAGUAUCUGAAAAAUAAAUUACCGAAAGACGAAACAAAAAUGGAUUGUGAGGAAAAAGAAUCCCCAGCAAAAACUGAAAAAGUUGAAGAUGUGAAAGUUUCAGGUUUAAAAUUUGAUUUUCUAACUGGAGAUUCUGUCAAGGCAAGAAAAAAAUCCCCCGAAGAGCCAUCCUACACCUGUGGAAACUGUGAUGCUGGAUUUGAGAAGCUUAAAGAGUACACAAGUCAUAAAAUCAGUUGUAAGGAAUCUUCUUCAAUGGAUAACAAACUAAAUGACAAUCAUGUUCCACAAAAUAACUCAAAACCAGUUCAAAAUAAUUUUGAGGCCCCAAAAGAAAAAGACAAGAAGCCUAAAACCACUGAAGAACAAAGUGAAAAUAAAGAAAACGCAAAUUUGAACAAUAUCAGUACAGAGCUUCCACUAGGAAAAGAAGAAGAAAAGAUAAAAGAAAAGAUAUCUCAAGAUAUUUCAAGCAAAGACUCCAAGGUAUUAACAAAGCCUCCUAAAUUUCUGAAACCUAAAAAGGAUUUAAAAGAUUCCCAGACAGAAGAUGGGAAACCCAAUGCAAACAAAGAACAAAGAAAACUAGUAUUUAAAAGUGGGAUUGAUGACAAGAGUAAAGUGGAAGUGGGAAAAGGAAACAUACAAAUGGAAAGCCUGCGUGAAAGCUUACCGCCAGCUUCUAAAACCCCAGAACUGGAAGCAAAGUUGAAUCUUGAGGAUCCUAGAGAGGAGAAGAAGAUAAAACAAAACAAGUCUAAAAAUGAUCCCAGUGAAAUAAAACAUUCCAAAACUGAAAAAUUUAAAAAAUCUGAAGAGGUUGAAAAAGAAGAUCUAACAUUCAAAUGUUCCUCUACUAAGAAAGAAAAGAUUAAGGGUAUAAAUAUAAAUGGAAUUCAACCAGCAGAAAACAUUAUUCCAGAUAGAACUAUCCAAGUAAAGCAUGCUAUAGCCGAGAACAACAAUGAUGGUUCCCUAACUCCACUAGGUGAAUCUGAUGUCACUAAGCUAAAUAGUCCAAAUACUGUUAAAAAAAUGGGAGUGAACAAAAAUGUGCAUUCCAUGCACUCCAAGAUAAAAACUGAAUCUGAGAAAACUACCCCUUCGCUAAACAAAACAAUUGAUGGACUUGAUAAUGAAGCUAUUCGCUUGUCAAAUGAAAUUUUCAGUUUCUCCAACCCUGAAGAAGAGAAACAUAACGUAAAGGAUAUAAGUAUAAAUACAAAACCCAAGCACACCUAUGUUAAAACUUCAUCCAAAUCCCUAGCUCACCCUUUAAGUCAUGGUCCCUUAGAUCUUGAAGCUAUAAAACUAUCAAAUGAAAUUUUUUCUGAAAACACAAAAAUGAGUUUAGAAGAACUUCAGAUGAAUGAAAGCCUUCUGCAACAGAGCAAACAAUCUUCAUCUAAAGCAGAUUCAACAAAAGCUGAAAAAGAAGUUAUUACUAUGAUCGAAAAAAAGACAGAAAGUCCAGAAAUGAUGAAACAGGUUCAGCAUGCUAGACAAUGCUUUGUUGUUAACAAACCAAUACAAGAUGAAAAAGCAUCAGUUUUUGAUGCUUCCUUGAAAAAAUCUUCUUCUGAUGCAGAAAUCAAACCACAUGUUAAGUGCGAUGAUAAAGAUCUCAACAAACCCAUAUCGGUCUCAAAAUACAAAUCUAAUGAAUAUAAGAAUGAUGUUCACAACAAUAGACCACGUUUCCUUGGACUUUCCAGAUUUGAUGAUCCAGAAAAUUUCAAGCUUUCUCCUUCUCCAUCAAUACCAAAUCUUAAAUCUGCUGGGAGUGGGAAUCAUGAACUUCAAAGACCAGUUAGAAAUGCUACAUUUGCAGAUUUAUCCAUGUCCAAAUCUGAUUUCCCAGACUUACAUUCGUUAUCAACCUCUUCAUCUUUUGCCUUUGAAUCUAGCAAAUCUGUUUCACCAAAACAAAUAAGGAAAACAUUCGACAGAAACUUCAACGCCAGCCCUUCCCCAUUUUCAGGUGGAAAAUAUAGUGUUCACUUUUCCGAACCUCAAACACUAUCUAAGCUUGGAUCAUCAUUGACUUGGGUAAAACAUUCAUCAGGUUCAAUCUCAAACAAUCAUUCCUCUCUCUCAGCAUCAAGUCUGGUAAACUCGAGUAAUCAAUCAACAAAUUCCAAAUAUCAGAGCUAUCCGUCCUCAACAAAACAUUCCAAAGGAGAAUUAAGAGCAAAAAGUGAAGGAUCAUCAACAGGACAAACUUACUCAGUUACUAAACCAUCAAACAACAUGUCAGCAGACCUACUUAGACAAAUUCAAGUAACAAAGGAGAAGCAUAGAGAAAACUGUGAGAAGGCUUUAAGUUUUGAGAAACCCCAGUUUAAGCCUCCAAUGUACAAGGAUAAACUGCCCCGGCCUGGGAAUGACUAUGCGAGGUAUAACACGAUGGAAAGAGAAAAGCUAGCCAGGAGAAAGGAACGGGAGAAAACAGUAAUCAACAACGUUCUAGCAGAGAGGGCUGGACGAGCAACAUCUUUAGAAAAUAAGUCCGCACUCUGGAAUUGUGUACACAAUAACUCCGCAUACAUUUAACGGGAGCUCCUCCCAUUCCUCCAGAUCCUCCAAUUCCUCCAGAACCUCCAAUUCUUCCAAUUCCUGUAGUACCUCCAGCUCCUCCAAUACC